CAACAACGUUCCAAAUGUCAAUCAUCUGAUGAUGAUGAUGAUGAUGAUUCUUCACCAUUAUCUGAUUUAUCCGAUGAUGAUGAUGAUUCAUCUACAAUGUUUUCCACUGAUUCUGAUACUGAUUCUGAUUGUUCAAAUAAUCGACGUCAUCAUCAUCAUCAUAAUCAUCAUCAACAUCAACAACAUCGACAUUCACAUCAUCGUCAUUCACAUCAUCAUCAUCAUCAUCAAAUGAAUGGUAAACAACAAACAAAUAAAAAAGCUAAAUCAAAUCCAAUUACAAAUGUCAUCAAUUUGCAAACAUCAUCAUCAUCAUCAACAACAACAAAAAUGGUAAUGGCAAAACCAACAGCAACCAUAACGACAAUAACGCCAUCUACAGUUGUUGAAAUGCGAACAAAACAUGAUUAUUGUUCAUCAGAUCAUGAUGAAUUUGGAAAUUGUGAAAUUGAAUGUGAAGAAGAUAUUGAAGAAUAUAAUGAUAAUGAUUCGGCUUUCUAUUCUGGUAGACGUACAACAACAUCAACAUCAACAUCGACAACAAGUUCAAAAAAUGAUGAUACAAAUAAAUUAAAUACAACAACAGCCGCCACAGCAAAAUCAUCAUCAACAGGUGAAAAAAUCAAAAAUCUAACCAAUUCAUUUGUUAAGAUACGUAUAUCGAAACAAAAAUCAUCAUCAUUAUCAUCAAAAGAAAAUGAAAGUAUCGAUUCAGGUGAUUCAGGUAUUCGUGAACGUGAUGAUAAUGAUGUUAAUGUUAAUGUUAAUGUUGUUAAUGAUGAAAGAACUGAUGUUAAACCACGUACCAGUGCUGAAUUUGAACAAUUAUAUCUUAUGCAACAGAAUCCAGCGUCUACCACCACUGCUGCCACCUCUGCCACUUUACCCAAUUUAAUGAUCAAUAUGAACAAAACAACAAACAAACAACAACAAUCGUCGACAACAAAAACUUUGAAUACGACAAAAUCAUUUGAUAAUGACCAUUCGAUGAUGAUGAAUCGUACACAAUCACUUACAUCCAUACAAUUAUCAACAAUAACACAUUUGACUAGUUUGGCAAAAAAUAUUCGUUUUGCUAAUAUGGCACAGGUUCAACAAAACAAUAAUGUAUCACUUGCAAAUAAUACACAUUCAAAAUCAAAAUUUGAUCCGGUUUUAGCAUCAAAAAUUGAAAAAACUAUUCAUAAAUUAAGUAAUGGUGAUUUAUCAAUGGGAAAUUAUCAUGGUUAUCUUUUUACAUAUCAAGGAUCGGAACGUAUUGGUGGUAAUAGUCUGGAUAUACCAACAUUAGGUAUAAUAACCGAACAAAAACAAUUAAAAAAAUGGACAAAAAUUCGUUCAGUAUUAAAAGAUAAUUGUCUUUAUUCAUAUCUAAAUGAUUGUACAAAUAUUGCUUGUUUUGAAAUACCAAUUCAUUUACCUGGUUAUUAUAUACUUGUUGAUAAACAAAUGUUUUUAGAUCAAUAUGAUACUAAUGUCAAUGUCAAUGAUAAUGAUACUGUCAAUAAUGAUGAUAAUGAAGAUGAUACGAAAACACUUAAACAAUUGGUCAUUUUUAAAUUAGUUACAUAUCAUCGUUUAUUUAUGUUUGCUGUUGAUUCAUUGAAUGAAUUAGUUAGAUGGAUUGUUAGAUUUGGUUAUCGUUUUUGUUGUAAUCCAAGUGAACAACAACUUUGUUUUACAUAUUAUUUAUCACCAGUACAUAUUGGUCAAUUACCAUCAUCAACAACUACUACUGUUACUAAUUCAAAUUCAAAUCGAUCAUUAUCAUCAAAAUGUUCAACAUUGGAUAGUAAAGAAUUUGAAUCAGAUGAUUAUCAUGAUUUAUUAACAAUAAAAUCUAAUGAUUCUGAUGAUGGUUCAACGCAAAAUCAUGUUAAAUUUCAGAAUGUAAAUUGCACAUCCACUAACAACGAUGAUAAUAAUAAAGAUGCCCAUAGAUUUAUAAAAUCACCACAUCCACGUGGUUCAAUUCGUUUUGCUGUUCGUCGCUCGGGUCAGGAUAUGGAUUUUAUUGAUUCAACGAUCGAUGUGAAAAAAACAUUGGCCGAAACAUUUUGUUCAAACACUGAAACUUUGAUAAAUGAUCCACCACCACCACCACCAAAUUUACCACCAAGACCUGCCAGUUCUUCAACAACUCAAACUAUCACCGUUCCUACAACUACACAAACAACAACAACAGCGAUAACAACAGCAACAGUCACAUCAGAUCAAAUUCCAAGACCCAAACCACGAAUAUCAAAAAUGGCCAUUAUGAAUGGAACAACAACAACAACAGUCAACAACAAAGUGCCAACAACAUUAUCUUCUUCUUCUUCUUGUGUGCCAUCAUCACAAUCAACAACAUCUAAUAUGAUUACAUCGGCUGCACAACGUUUAGCACCGAUACCAGUGCCAGAAAAAUCUACACACAUUAGUCAAACAAUACAACAUUUUGCCAAUCUACAAAGACAAAAUAAUCUUCGUAGAAGUUUUGCUCAACAACAACAACAACAACAAAUUACAACAAAAAAUCAACAACAACAACAACAAAUGAAUUAUGCUGAUUAUGAUUAUAUAAUUAAUAAUCGACCUAAACAAUCAACAAAUGAUAAUCAAUUAAAAACAACAACAACAACAACAAGCAAUAUGAAUAAUCCUCAUUGUAAUAUGCAAACUACUAUUGGUAAUCCAUUAUAUUGUCAUGUUGUUCCAAUGUUGUCGAAUAUUGCUGAUAAUUCUGUUCAUCAUCAAUCAACAAUAUCAUCAUCAUCAUCGACAACAACUUCAUCAUCAUCAUCAUCGGAUCAUGAUGUUUUACGAUCAUCAUCAUUACCACCGUCGAUUGAUCCACCACCAGCGCCACCACUUCAAUCAUCAUCAUCAUUGCAAACAAAUGAAAAUAUAGCACCAAUUGUUCCACCUAAACCAAAUCGUAAUGAAUUUAAUAAAACAGAAAAAGAAAAAGAAAAAGAUCAAAUCGAAACACCACCACCGCCACCGCCAAUAUUAUUGCCAAGACGUCCAAUAAAUACGGGUCAGCAACCACCACCAAUACCAACUACAUCACAUCCACAAUUAUUACGUUCGAAUAGUAAUCAACAACAACGUCAACCACCACCACCUAUACCACCACCAGUUUGUCCAAAACCAGAUCUAAUCAAAUGUUUAGCUGCUGCUACAUCAUCAACAACAAAAUCCAAUGGUGGUAAAUUUUUAAAUCGAAGUUUUUCCGAUGCUACAACGAAAACAUCAAAUUCUGUUUCGAAAACGUCAAAUAAAAAUCAACGAAAUAAUAAUCAGCAGCGGCGACCAUCAUUAAAAUCCAGGCAUUCAUUAGAAGAAUCAACUCAGGAUGUUCGACAAAUUGAAAAUUCAUCUACCAUCAAUGAUGAUUAUGAUGAAACGGGCAUCUUUUUCGACAACAACAACAAUAAUCAACAACAACAACAGCAACAACAAUCAUUUUAUCGUACUGAAUCGAUUGGAUCAUUUGAUGAUCAACAACCACAAACACCAACAACAAGUAUAUCAACAAAUUUUGAUAUAUCACCAACAUCAUUAUCUAAUAAUAAUAGACCAACAAUGGGUAUAUCAAUGUUGGCUAAAAAAAGACUAUCAAAUGUUAGUGCCGAUAGUUUAGCUAUUGAAAAAGCAUUGAAUUUACAUCAUUCAAAUACAAAUAAUACAAAUAGCACAUCAAUUACAUCCGGAUAAUGUUCAAUAUUUUAUUUCAAUCAAUCUUAUGUAAAACCGAAUUUUCA